AUGACAAUAUCUACCCCCAACCCAAAUCCCAAUCCCAAUCCCAAUCCCAAUUCCAACCGUAAGUCUAUUCCCAUCCCAUCCCAUUCAUUCCUAUCCAUUCCCAUCCCAUCCCAACUAAGCCACCAAACCCUACUAACAAUCCCCACAGAUCCCCUCCCCACCAUCACCACCACCUCAACAAUCCCCCUCCCACCUCAAAUGCCACAAGGACAAAUCCUCCCUCUGCGUCAAGAGCGCCCCUCCCCCUCUCCCUCCCGCUCCUCCGGUUCCUUCGUCAUCGUGGGUCGUCAUCAAGAAGGCUCCUCCUCCUCCUCAUCCACCUCUGGUUCCUCCUCUACUUCCUCAGGAGGCGUCCCUUUAUCUCACACGGCUCCGGCAGCAUCAUCAUCAUCAUCCUCAUCAGCACCAUCAAAGGGGAAGGGAAAUGAAGGUAAAAACAACAAUCAGGAUAAGAAAGACAAAAGCAACGAAAAGAGCACCGAAGAAAGCGCAGGAAUGGUAGAGAAGUUUCCAGAAUACGGUACGUGACAUCAAAUUUUCAUGGACUCGCAGCACCGCCACCCAGGCACUUGAUGAAGAAAUAUCAUACUAAUUUCAAUCUAUCUGAUAGAUGAGGAUUUGGCAAUGGCGUUGCUUUGCGAGCAGGUGGGUGGGAAGGAUAUGGAAUGA